GGCAGUCGAGGGGAGCACGCGGGCCGGAGGAGGGGCGGACCCGCCUGCUCCGCCUGCCCGCGCCGAGCCGCGCCGAGCCGAGCGGCCCGGGCGGGGCGCGACCCCGGCCCGCGGCGGCGCAGGGAGCGGGCAGAGGCGCGGGCCAUGCUGAGGCUGGCGCCCGCCGGGGCCCGAACCAUCGUGGACAUGUCGUACGCCCGCCACUUCCUGGACUUCCAGGGCUCCAGCAUCCCCCGCGCCAUGCAGAAGCUGGUGGCGACCCGUCUGAGCCCCAACUUCCGCGAGGCUGUCACCCUGCGCCGGGACUGCCCGGUGCCACUCCCCGGGGACGGAGACCUCCUCGUCCGGAACCGAUUUGUCGGUGUGAACGCAUCUGACAUCAACUAUUCCGCUGGCCGGUACGACCCUUCGAUGAAGACUCCCUUCGAUGUAGGUUUCGAAGGCGUGGGAGAGGUGGUGGCCUUAGGCCUCUCCGCCAGUGCCCGGUACACAGUGGGCCAGGCUGUGGCUUACAUGGCACCUGGCUCUUUCGCCGAGUACACAGUGGUGCCUGCCAGAGCCGCGGCACCGGUGGCCUCUGUGAAGCCCGAGUAUGUCACCCUGCCUGUGAGCGGUGCGACCGCGUACAUCAGCCUGAAGGAGCUCGGAGGACUGUCGGAAGGGAAAAAAGUUUUGGUGACCGCGGCGGCGGGGGGCACAGGCCAGUUCGCCGUGCAACUGGCCAAGAAGGCCAAGUGCCACGUCAUUGGGACCUGCUCUUCCGAUAAAAAGUCCGCUUUUCUGAAAUCGAUUGGCUGUGAUCGCCCCAUCAACUAUAACUCGGAGCACGUGGGCACGGUCCUAAAGCGGGAGUACCCCGACGGUGUCGAUGUGGUGUACGAAUCUGUGGGGGGAGCUAUGUUUGAUUUGGCUGUCGAUGCCUUGGCCACCAAAGGGCGCUUGAUAGUAAUUGGGUUUGUCUCUGGCUACCAGACGCCUACUGGCCUCGCGCCCGUGAAGGCAGGAACCUUACCAGCCAAACUGCUGAAGAAAUCCGCCAGAGUGCAGGGCUUCUUCUUGAACCAUUACCUUUCUAAGUAUCAAGUGGCCAUGGACCACUUGAUUAAGAUGUGUGAGGGCGGAGACCUGGUGUGCGAGGUGGACCUCGGAGAUCCGUCUGCAGAGGGCAGGUUUAUCGGCCUGGAGUCCGCAUUCCGGGCCAUCGACUAUAUGUACCUGGGAAAAAACACUGGAAAAAUUGUACUUGAGCUACCUCCCCCAGUCAACAGUAAGCUGUAAGCUCAGAACAAUGACAGAAAUCAAGAGAAAGGAAAUGGGCACCUUCUUCCUCAGAAAUAUUCAAAUCAGUUUUAUUUUUAGUGGGUAAUGGAUAUCAUCGUUCUAAAAAGUAAGGUGUUAAUGAAUAGGUUUCUCUUUCUUCUCUCUUUUUUUUUUUGUUUGCCCCUCCCUUGAAAAACAGUGCUAAUAAAAACUUCCCUCGAUGGCUCAGAGGUAAAACCGUUACAUUCAA